AUGUUCAACUCAGUAGCCAAAUACCUUUGGGGCAGCAAUUCAGAACAUGGGCAGGAGUACACAGACAGCGGCAAGCUGAAGCAGCAGCAUGGCACAGGAGAGCAUCUCGACGUGCAGCAGGAAGAGGAUUGGCUGGUUGUUAACGCUGACGAUAAAGAGAACAGUGGACAGCCUGGACAACGUCACCAGCAAAUACAUCAUCAUCAUCGUGGUUAUGCUCACCACACUCAGCAGGGUCAUUCCGGACAAGACUCACUGUCUCAGAACUCAUCUAAUGCUUCUGACACUGAGUUUCUAGAUGAUGCUGCUGCCUUAGCUGCUCAAAGUAUAUCCAUGGAUGACCUUUGUCAUCCAACAUCUGACAUGGAUGCUUACUCAGAAUAUAUUCUUUCGCCUCUUCAUGACUGUGGAAGGGUCAACCAAGAUACUGAUAGAUACUCGGACACUGAAUCCUUGCCUGAGUCUGUGUUUUCUGCCUGUUCUGGCCGAUCUCAUGCAACCUACCAUCCUUGUGGCAGCCGCAGUGAGCCCUGGGUUGUGGCUCCCCCACCUUGUUUUACCGGAUCCCAAGUUGGAGGAUUAUCACCUGUUGCCUCAAGUCCACUUGAAAACUUACUGAUCGAGCAUCCAUCCAUGUCAGUUUACCUCUCAUUCCCCCCUUCCCUCCCUUUCCUCUCCAGUCAUCCAUUAGGCCAAACCUUUACCAACAGUCUGAGGGAGGACACAGAAACAGUAGAAGGCAAUGAAGAUCAGGUACUGAGUGAUCAGAUCUCCAACAGAGGAAAUCACAAUGAGGCCAGAUCUCAUGCCAUACAGCAGCCUAAUACCCAAUUCCAUGCAGCAGCCAACCAAGGUCUGCUUUCACCACAGCAACUGCUGAAAGACAUCCAUGUGGCUCAGCGUUUGCAGUGCAUCCAAGUGAAGAAACUGAUCAGCAAAAGUAAAUGUGAACGUCAAAACAAGGUUAGAGAAUAUCAAAGCCACGCCAAGGGCAGCAACGGCAGAAACAAACGCAUGCGCCCUUCUGGUUUCAAGGCUUCCCGUUUUGGCCAGCAUAUGUAA